UGAGUAUUUUGUAUUCAUUUCCCCAGACUUUUGACCCAAGGCUCAAAGCUGUACAGAACUUCCGCCGAGGCCGCUUCAAAUCCGAGUCUUCGGUCUCGGGCUCAUUUGAUGGCGACCAUGCAUCCCCAGACGCACGCCAUGCGUCGCCUUCGCCAUCUUCAUUUAGCAACAACAGCACAACGGCGAAUAUGGAACAGUCAUUUGGCCAGGUCCAAGAGUCUCUUGAUCUCCCCACACGGCCAAGGUUUCUGCCACAGUUCAGGAGCUUUACCUCGUCAUCCACAUUCGGGGCCCGGGCUUCCACAAGUCCUGCACCCAGCCGCAGCGCUGUCACAGAAGACCCGUUGGGCCUGCAAAUAGUGCAGCCGGUCGAUGAACCUGCCGGGGACAUAGUGUUUGUUCAUGGACUGGGCGGCUCCGCGUGGAGGACGUGGUCAUGGAACCGCGAUACGGCGCUUUUCUGGCCCGACUGGCUGCCCGAGGAGGAGCCUUCACUGGCUAGGUUUCGCAUCUCGACCUUUGGCUACAACGCCAGUUUUCGGGGUGCGGCCACCAACCUGACCAUUCUCGACUUCGCCAAAGAUCUCUUGAUGCAGCUGCUGGCGGCCAUCGAGGAUGAUAGAGACUCCCACAGGCCGAUCAUAUUUGUGGUGCACUCUAUGGGCGGCUUGGUGGUAAAAAAGGCUUACACCCUCGGUAGGCACGACGACCGAUACGCGGACCUGGUGGCAAGGGUUAGGGGAAUACUCUUCUUAGCUACACCGCACCGAGGCUCGCAGUACGCCAAGACGCUCAACAACAUCCUGGCGGCAACGCCCACGGGAACGACCAAGGCGUACGUCUCGGGCUUGGACAUCAACUCGGAGACAAUCCAGGACAUCAACGAGGGCUUCCGGCAGCAUUGCGAGGGCCUACUGCUGUGCUCAUUUUUUGAGACUCUCAAGACUAGUCUAGGUUUAACUAAGGCCAUGAUUGUGGAAAAGUCAUCUGCAGUGUUGGGGUUUCCUCUGGAAACAUCGGCGGGGAUGGACGCCGACCAUCAUACUAUUUGCAAGUUCAGGGACAGAUCCGACCCAAAUUUCAGAAAGGUCAAAAGUAUCCUCAAAACAUGGGCAUCAGAAUUGACAGAUACUGGGCCUCCUUCAAUGGAGGCAGACUUUCAAAUUGAGCCCGAACUUCCGAGUCAAGAAAAUAUCGACCAAAGAAUUCGAGAUAUUUUCGGCGUCAGGGACCUUCCCCAAAACACCAUCACACCCAUAGACUCCGAUAACAUCAGCUACUCUACCUCAGGAGGCUGGCUGUUCGAAAAAGAAGACUUUAAAAGCUGGUUAUCCUACGAUAGUGGCCAAGCAGCCGACUGUCGCCAAUUUCUGCUUGUCGGACUUCCUGGAACUGGGAAAACAGUGCUAUCGCGACUGAGCGUCAAGAGACUCCAGUCAAUGGGACUCGAUGUGCAGCAUCAUUUUUUUGAACGCACCAACCAGUUCACCAGCACAAAGCAUUGUUGUCUUAGGGCAAUCGCUGCGCAAAUGGCCUUGUCUAUCCCCGAGUUCCGCGACGCAGUGUUGCGACUGGAAGCCAAGACGGGUCAUUCUCUGAGCUCGCCUGCUGCCACUCUAGACUUUCAAGCACUUUGGGAGCGCUACUUUCAAGGUGUUCUGUUUAAACUGAAGCUAUCUAGGCCUAUAUACUGGGUACUCGACAGCCUGGACGAAUCCGAUAGCCCAGGCAUACUUCUUUCACUCAUCUCCUCAAUAUCUUCACAGACGCCAAUCAGGGUUUUGAUGACCAGCAGACCUCUCAAGGUAGCCCCUACCUGGGACCAAGCGAGGGGCACAACCUACUUCCUGGUAGCGUCCGAUACUGAGGCAGACAUGGGAAACUACAUUACCAGGGCGGUCCAGGACGUCGUGCCGGGAGAUCCACCGACACAAGCUUUUGUAAGAGACGAGAUACUCAAGAAAGCCCAUGGCUCUUUUCUGUGGGCGCGGCUGGCUCUCGACCUCAUCCAAGACAGCUGGCAUAUAAAGACGGAUCUUCUGGUUGCCCUGACAGAGGUCCCGCGGGGGAUGGCUGCAAUGUACAAACACAUGCUCAAGAAUGUCAAAACGCAGAACCCCAGGAAUGGCAGAUUGGCGAGGAGAGUGCUAGAGUGGGUGACAUGCAGCGUGCGCACGCUCUUUGUGGACGAGAUGGCGGCAGCGCUGAGGCCCGAGUUUGGCGAGUUUCUGAACUUGGCCGUGUCCAUGACGCAGAUCUGUGGCCACUUUAUCACGAUCGAGCAGGCGCAAACACAGCCUGGGAGGCAGCGCAUCUCCUUGAUACACACGACAGCCAGGGAGUUUCUGCUGAAUGACGUGGGCGAGGAUGGCAUUGGCUCGGGAUGGAUUGACGAGCAGCUCGCACACGAAACGAUUGCCAAAACAUGCCUUGCCUACUUGUGCGAAGAGCAGUGGAAGUCGAGAUUUGCGUCGAUUCCGGUGACGACAGGCGACGACCUGGUCGGAAUUUCAGGAGACUUUCCCCUCUUGCGUUAUGCAGUCAACCACUGGGCUAAACACGUGUCAAAAUCUCCCGUGGAUAGCGUAGAGCUGCUAGAGGCCGUCGAGGGAUUUAUGCUCAAUCACUGUCUAUCCUGGAUAGAGGCUCUUUCUCUGUCCGGCAACAUGACCCAGCUGGUUCAAUCGGCAAAGCAUCUCAAGAAGUUUGUCAAGAGGUCGACCCGUCAGCCAAAGUCAGAACCGCGUCAGCUGGUGCGCUCCAUGGGCACAGAGUCUCGCGUAUCCUUGGCCUGGAUCCAGCCCUGGGCGGUUGACUUUAUCCGCAUCGCCAGCAAGUUUGCCGCCAACCUGGUCAGCAGCCCGUCGGCGGUUUACCGCAACGUGCCACCAAUGUGUCCGCGUGCGUCGAUGGUGGCCAAGGUUUAUGGAGGACAGUGUGCUGGCGGGGCCAACUUUUCUUCCCUGCCGACGGCUCGCCUGGACCAGGGACGCCUCUCGGUCAGCGGCAUUCGGUCCGAGACAUGGGAUGACUGUCUGGCCAGCGUGCUGGUUGGCAACGAUGAGUUCGGCAACCAGGUGCUCGCCGCCGAGGGUCUCUUCUUCACCCUGGUUAGCAGUGCCGGCGUCGUCACCGCUUGGAACGUUCAGACGUGCGAAAAGGUCCGCAGGUUCAAGCAUACCGAGUACGUCCCGAUGAUGGCGAUUGGCCGCGGCGGUCAGACUCUCGCAGUGGGGGGCUACAGCUGCUUUGUCAUCUGGGAUGUCGCCACCGGAGAGAAGCUUCACCAGAUACCCAAGGCAGUUGAUGCUGUCGUGCGCCAUCUGAGGUUUGGACCAGGAGAAACGGAGCUCGUAGCUGCGUUUGACAACUGCGCAGUCCAGAUCAUCCAGGUCGACGACGGUGCCUCAAAAACUUCCAAGAUGAGCCUUGCGGGCCUGGAUUCCAGCUAUUGGGGGUGUCCCUGGAGACAGGCAAUCAGCGCCGAUUUAACCAAGGUCGCAAUGGCAUGGCGUGGGAGACCACCAGUUGUUUGGGACCUGAGCAACCUUGCCAGAGCGCCUCUGCGAUGUCGGACCCGAGCGAUGCAGGAUCCCCUGCUGUAUCAAGAACAGCUCCUGUGGCAUCCGGACAAUAACCGGCUGCUGAUUCUCUGCCAGGACACUUCGCUCUGGGAGUGGUGGCUGCCGAGCGACGACCUUGUAGAGUACCCCAAUGUCAAAGCCAAAGACAUUGCGCUCUCUGAAGAUGGAUCUCUCCUUCUCACGGUAGAAUACACUGGCACAAUCAGCAUAUGGACCUUGCCUCAGUUGCACCUCGUAUACCGACUAACAUGCAGCCUCGGCGGCGAUCCAUCCAUCGGCGUCGUCUUCAGCCCCGACAGUCAACGGUUCUACGACAUCCGUGGCUCGGUCUGCAACGUCUGGGGGCCGGACUCGCUGGUGCGAUCCGACGAGGACCCCGACAAUGACGACGCCACCAGCACAUCAGGCAGCUACGCCGUCACAGAGCCCGUGGUCACAGCUACGCCGUCAGCCGAAAGCACAACCAUCACUGCGCUCGCCAUUGGCCCCGAAGAUAAAUUCUUUGCCUGCGCCCGCGAGGACGGUUCCGUUGUGAUCCACGAUGCUCUCGACGAGGGCAACUGGCUGCGCAAGGUGCACUCGCACCCCCUGCAUAGUACCGUUGACCUCUUGUCCUGGUCGCCCUCUGGAAAGUACAUGGUGUCCGGUGACGACUCGGGGUAUAUAGUCUGCAAGCGUCUGCAGAUCAAGGACGUGAAGCCUCCCACGCCCGAGAAGGAGCGCACUCGCAAUGAGCCCCGCGGCUUUACCGGGAGAUGGGCUGUUUUCCCCGUGUUUGACAGUCGUCUCAGAGAGCCUGCAAGGCAGGUGCUUUUCAGCCCUGACGAAAAGCUACUUGUGGUGAGCACAGAUGACGCAGAGCAUAUAUGGGAUUUGCGAGCAAAGCAGGAAGUCAUCCGACCACUGGAGCGAAAAGAAGGUCAAACAAGGGGACACUGGGCGCUGCACCCCACAAACCCUGACCGACUGCUUUGUCUGCAUGGCAAGGUUGUCCGAGAGCACAAGUGGAGCACUGGUCUUGAAGUAACAGCAUUGACUGAUCAAGGUCAGGGCGGCGGUCCUCAUGGCGAGCAAGCGCAAUCAUCCCAUGUCCCUGACGCUCUUCCAGAGCCACAAGCGCCGUCCAUGCCAAACUCUGGCCACGUUUCGCAGUCCAAAACACAGACGCAGAGCGAGGCAGUAGUCUGGUCCGCGUCUAUCGAUAGCGGCAGGCUUAGAGUUGCAGCCCUAUCGACCAACGACAACCCUUGGGCACUAACAUCACAUUCCGGGCUGGAUCUUUACCUUCUAGACACCUCGUGUAGACCCGAGCCUGAUACUCCCAAAAGGUUGCCGGCUUUCGUGGGCGAAAAGGUCAAGCUACUCCUCGGCUCAAACGGUAACAAUCUUGUCUUUCUGGCCUUUGACGGCUGGGUCUUAUCUUAUAACACCACAAAUCCGAUAGCUACCGGGAUGGAAUCGUCUUGCAAUAGCUCGGAAACGAAUGGAAGUCCUACUGCCAAUAACUCCCAGCUAGGACUGCGAAAACAUUUCUUCCUGCCAAAAGACUGGCUCAACACGACAACGGCACACAUGUCAAUGGUAGGAACCGCAUCGGAUGGAACUUUUUUCUGUCCAAAGCAGGGUGAUGUUGCCAUCGUGAGAAAUGGACUUCGCUUAUAAGAGAUGAGAAUGAGAGGGUUGAGCCGGCUGGAAAUACUGGGGCGUGGUAGCCAUGGCUAUGUGAUCAGCUGGAGGAAAGGUAGUAGGUAACCUAGACACCCAUAUAAUCCGGAUGCAGAGGCUGGGAUCCAAGGCACUGUUGCACCAGAGACAUGUCACUUUUUUUCUUGGAUUUUGAUCAUUGCGAUGAUGAUCUGCCAGGGUCCCUGCUCAGGACCAGGACCAGAUCCUACAGGAACAGCCCCAAACGGGUGCUCACAAAUCAAGAAUUAUCUGCACCUGGGGGCCACCCGUCUGUCAAAACUGCCCGAUUGGACGUAAUAUGCAAGCACUCGCGCGUAUCAUUGGAACUGAUACGAUGCAUAAUGUGGAUACACAACUGCUGCUCUUCCUCAACCAGUUAGCCUGCGCGCGCUUCCCCUCCUUUCCAAUCAAAUUGAAGAUGGCAAGGCUCAGCUGCGGA